GUCUAUGCCUUUUUUUGGUGGACAACAAUUCGAUGAACCACCAAUGUUAACAAAAGAAAAUUUGUUUGCAGAUAAAAAAAAAAUACCAAACAAAAUGCUAAAGUUUAGGGCAAAGUGAAAAUAUUACUAAAAUUGAAAAAAAGAAAUGCAUGUGUACAGGGAAUAGGAAAUUAUGCAAAGACAAGCUCGCGGCGACGUGCUGGAUUUUCACCAAAUUAAUCUGGCAGCCCUGCUGAAGAGGCAGAGAGAACGAAAGCGUUUCUUCCCUCUUGCCUCUUCACCCCCUUUGGGGAUGGGACCGAAAAGGCGUUUAUCUGUUGCUGAGCGACAGCAACGUCCAAGCGCAGCAUCAACAUUAGCCAAAAAACAACGUCACGCUGUCGGUGGUAUUGCCAGUCUGUCAACAGCUGCCAGAAGGCCAGGAUCAAAGACCACUUCAUCGGACCGCCUCUCAGCAUCUACAGCAGGGUCUGCUGUAUCACCCUCAAAAAAGACAGGAGAAACCGCAACAUCUCCGGCUAAAAAGUCGGCCAAGACAGCAACCAGGGAAACACCAGCUGGGUCGCCUUGCAAAGAGAAAAUUGAGGAGAAUAAAGGAACAACCCGAACCUCAUCGAGGGAAAAUGCAAAAUGGGCUUCAGCUGAAGACCAAGAUAGUGAAAAUAGCAAAUUGGCAGUCAAAGAGGAUUCGAAACGUAAAGAGGCAAAGGAAGAGACCGGCAGUUCCAACUCAAGCAACUCCAGCUGCGAUGCCAACAGAGUACAGGAUAAAAAGGAUGGCAAGAACAAGGCAAUCAGUAAAAUGUUGAAAAAUCUUGAUAUCAAGAUCAGCGGUUUUGAUAAUCUCCUGCCCAAAGAGCAAAGUAUACAAGAGUUAGGCAUGAAGUCAUCAAUAUCGGAGAAUGUUAAGACAAAAUCUCGUGCAGCUGCUGUAAAGGUCAUUGCCACAUUGACAACGUCUAAGCCAAUUAAAAGGACUAAAGGUAAUGAGGAGGAUAAACGUAAAGUGACAGUUAAAAGUGGCAACGAGAAACCAAAAGAAAAUUUAAAGGAUAGGGAAGGAAUGAAAAUCCGUAGUUCACAAGACACGAAUGAAGAGAAUGUGACAAAAGAUAGUGUGACAAAAGACACAAAGGAAAGCGAAGAAGGAAAAACGAAAGAGAAAUGUGAUGAUGCUGAGGAUCUGGGUAACAUGCAGACUAAGCCCGAUACUUUAGUAAAAGAAGAAGAAAAAUUGUCUUUGAUAGAAACAAAGAAGAAAAUAGCCGCAAAGAAAGCAAGAAUGGAGAGCGGCCAGAAGCAAAAGAAAGCUUCUGCUAACAAAGGCAAGUCUCAAGAAAAGUCUGAAGAAAAGGACUGUAAAGUUAUGCAGGAAGACUUAAAGGAGCUUCCCUUGAACAAAGACAAAGAGCAGGAAGUAGUAGAAGAAGAAGAUAACAAAACUGAGAUGGAGAGGAAAGCAGGAAGCAGCUUCAAAGUAUCUCCAGACGAAGCAGAAACUUCAACAAGAAAUGAGUUAUCACCGAAACAUAAGAAUGUCCUUAACGAAGAGGAGAAACAAGAAAAUAAGUCAAAUAAUAACGAAGAGAUGAAACUAGAGAGACCGAAAACCCCAGAGAAUAGGAGCUUGCAGCAUGCUCCCCACUCUCCUAAGAACUCUUUCACUGCCAAAGAGUCUACGAAGGACGAACAGGCCAGCGAAACAAAGUGCAAUAAAUUAGACAAAGAAGAAGGACAAUUGUUUGAGGAGAAGGAGGAAAUACUUAAAAUAAUAAUAGACUCAAAUACUGAAGUUGUACAAAUGGAAAUAGAAGAAAUUGCGAGAGGCAAAUCGGAGACGCAACCAACCCAAAGCCCAGCUAAUGACAUUACAUUAUACCCCAAGGAACCCAUUGAUAAUGUAGAGCAAAGAACUCAAGAGGUAAUUAAAUCAUUGAGCCCUAAACAUGUGCCGGCCAAGGAGUCGAAAAAAGUUGCCACUGUAAAACAGAGAUUACAACCCAAAUAUAAAGUAAAUCCAAUAAAGCCCAAGAUUGUUAAACCGUCUACUAAAAAGGGUCAGUACUCUUCCAAAGCCUUUGUUGUGGCAAAUACCAAAAUGGAAACAAAACCAGGAGAUCCCAAUGAUAUAUACGAUUUCAAGUCGGGUUCUGAGGAUGAAGAGAAUAUUAAAAUGGAAUUGCCUACAUUGAAGAAUUUAAGAGAAUUUUCCGAAGAAGAAGAUAAGUCAAUUGUAAAAAAAACUCAAACGCCUAAGAAAGAGGCAGCAAAAUACCCCUCUGCCAAGGAAAAGGCCAAAAAAGAAGAAAUUCUCACAACAUCAAGUGAAACAUCGGAGGAACCAAGGGAAAAGGAUGUAGAAAAGUUCGCCAUUCUUAUGAAGACCUCAUCCUCAACCUCGAAAGAGAAAAUACAAGAUCUAGAAACUGCAAAAAAAGUAGUGGAAGCGCCAUUGGAAGUUCCAGGUACCGCCAAUCAAAAGGUGGGAGGAGAAAUAUUGGAUGCCGAAAAGAAUUCAAGUGACGAAAGUAGCGAGGAAAGUUCCAAGAAAAAACUACCACCAAACAAAAAUCCGUCAAAGCCAACUAAGAUGAUGCAAAAAUUGAAUCUCACCAAGAAAUGCAUUACAUUAAAGAAUCUCAAAACCCCAAAAACUUUAAAACCCAAAAUCGCCAAAAAACUCGAGAAAUCCAAAGGGGGCAAGGCACAAAAAGCAGCAGUCAAAGUUCGCUCCUCUGGGAGCAGUGAUUCUGAUGAUGGUAAAAAUUUGAUUAUCUUCAGCCAGAAACGACAUCGCAUGGCUUCUCUCAAUGCUUUGGCAAAGGUCCAAUGCCUUUACGAGAAUGAAUCACGCACUGCCUAUGAGUUGGGUCUUUCCAAGGCAACGCUUCUUCCACCCAAGAUAAGAACCCUAGAUGUCAGUGAUGAGGAGAAAGAUAGGAAGGAUGAGUUCAAACACAAAGACAAGGAUAAUGGCAAAGAUAAAGAAAAAGAGAAAGCCAAAGAGUGUCCCAUUACAUCGAAAACCGACGAGAAACCGUCAAAAACCAAGAAGGACAAAAAAGUUGAAGACCCUCUCAGAAUCGAAGAUCUCCCGGCCAAGGACGAAACCGAAGAAGAACGCAUCGAAGAGCCAGUGUGUGAAUUGAAACGUGAACAGCGAAACGAUGCAGGUGGUCGAGGCUUUGGCAAGUAUUGGGAAUUCGAAAGUGACAGUGAAUUGGACGAGAUCGAGCAAAUGAGGAUUAAAAAGAAGAAACUGCAAAAGAAAUUACAAGCCAAGCGUGAAAGAGAGUUAGAAAAGGAAAAGCAGCAACAGUUAAAGAACAAAGAAAAACGAGAGGCUGAGGACAAGCCCAAGGAGGACCAACCCAUUAAAGUUAAGCGUAAAUAUACUAAAAUUAAGAAACCCCUCAAGAAGGUGGUCAAAUUGGCCACAGGCUCUACGGAUGAUGAGGCCAAUUCCGAAUCUUCCGAUAAGGAGGAUAAUGAAAAGGAAAAGACACUAAAACUCAAGCUUAACGAAUCGAAAAAGCCUCCCAAAAAACGAAAGCGAACCCUCAAGGAAGAACUUAUAGGGGAUUAUAAGGGCAUAUUGGCCCGUAAAAGAAUGGCCAGUCUUAAUGCCAGUGCCAUUGUGGCCGCCACUUAUGAGGUGGAGAGACAUUUGGACAGAAACCUGGGACAUUUGAGUGGCUAUGAGACCUAUGAGGAUGAACAAAAGACUACGAAUAAGAAGGUCAAAGAAACCAAAGCCACUGCCAAAGAACCCAAACCAGCAAAGUCCACUGCUGUGGCAACACCACUCUCAACCGCCGUAACUGCUACUACAACCACACUAACAAUUACUUCUUCAGUAUCUUCCAGCACGCAUUCAACCACAACCAUUUCAACAUCCCCCGCUGCUGUCACAACUAACUCCACGGAAACGGAAACCCCUUGUGCUCCAACAAGCUCUACUAAUGCGUGUGAUGUCACCAGCAGCAGCGCAUCAUCAUCCUCCGCCACAGUUACAGACUCCGCCACAACACCAAAACUUUCAGUUGCCGUCGAGCCAAAACCUCAUGCUCCCCCAACACCCACCAAAGCCGAAAAACCCUCCAGCAUAUGUGAGGAAAGCAAUGAUUCCAAGUAUUCCAAAGAUACCAAAGAGACAAACACCGACAUUACUACCACAACCACCUCGAGUUCUUCGGGUAGUAGUACCACAACAAGCAGCACAAAAGAGGCCAAAGACUCCAGUCGUCCAACAUCGUCCAGUGUGGUCAUUGUGCAAGAUACCGAUGUUACCAUAACCGGAGUCUAUGUCAAUUCCAGUGCCGGUGCUGGUCAGGAAGCUUAUUGUAAAAUGCAAUAUCGCGUUCAAUCGAGUGUUACCGAGGAACGUUUACUAAGGCCGGGCUCGGUAGAACCACCACCCAAAUCCUAUACUCCAUUGAGUGCUCUGUCGAGUAUGUUGCCGCCGGGUGCUACAGCAGGCGGUACUGAAGGAACUCCUAUUGUCUCUCCACCACCCACCACUACCACAUCACAAACGUCUGCGUCUUCCUUAUCCGAUACGCUUAAUGCUGCUGCCGGCCUAUAUAAUCCAGCCGAUCUGGGUAUCCAUACCGAACAAGGGCCCAUGGAACAUCAUGGUGCACCACCACCCUCCUAUACGGCAGCUGCAGCUGCAGCAGCAGCUGCAUAUCAUGCCCAUCACAUGUCACCUCACGGCGGCAGUGUCCAUCAUCAGCAUCAAUAUGCCCAUGUUCAUGCCCAUCAUCAAUAUCAGCAGGCUGGUGCUGAACACCAUGGCAUGCCGCCACCACCGCAUCACUAUGCAGGUGCGAGUCAUCCACUACCUUCAUCGCAUUAUGGACCACCACCCGGACAUUGUGAGGCAGGAUCACCGCCUCCAACAUAUCGUGCCAAUAGUGGUUACCCACAAAAUGUUCCUGGGGUUUCCACAGCUGGUGGGACACCAAUAUCAACCCAGCCUCCACUGUCGGCUGGCCUGGGUGGAAGUGCGUUCUGUUCAACAAACAUCCAUCACCAACAACAGCAGCAACAGGCACAGCAAUCAUCACAACAACAAUUAGGAUCUCAGAGUGGAACAAAUGAAACAAGUGGUACGUAAACAAUAUUUAAUUUCGCCGAUUAAAGUAACUUUGUCACAAUACUGUGCGGGUAAGUAUUUCGUGGUUCGGUGUAAUUUAUUCAGCCAGCCACUGUGUUGCUUCAAGUUGCAUUAUCUGAAUAAAUGAAAUGCAAAUUUCGAUUUUGAAUUGAUCAUAUUAAUACUGAUGUACCGAAAUACCCAACAUAGACUAAGCAUUCGACUUC